CGUGUGCCAGCGCAGCCAAGGAUGCGCAGCAGCCGCUGAGUCGCAAAAAAAGAGAAGAGGGCAGCUGUACCAGUCCUAAAUUUGCUUCCGCACUGCAAUGAACUUCAGAUAACACUGAAAACGAAGACUACUUUGGAUAAGCGCUAUUGACUAACAAGGUGACAGAAUGGAGAACAAUCAGAAAAGCAACGGUGAGAUGAAAGAAAAUAAGGUGGUGAAGAAAAAAUUGGAUUGGUCUGGCAGUCUUAUUGUAGCCUCCCUAGUUGGUGCUUUUGGGUCGUCCUUUCUGUACGGUUACAACCUCUCUGUGGUGAACGCUCCUGCGGUGUAUAUCAAGAGUUUUUACAAUGAAACUUGGCAAAGAAGAUACGGCUUCUCGAUGGAGGAAAACACACUGACACUCCUCUGGUCUAUAACUGUCUCUGUUUUUGCCAUUGGUGGUCUUGUGGGUGCCAUCAUUGUCACCCCAAUUGUGAAGUUCUUUGGACGGAAACGUACCUUGCUGCUCAAUAACGUCUUUGCAGUUGUGGCCGCACUGUUGAUGUCCCUCUCUAUGUUGGCUGGGUCUUUUGAAAUGCUUAUUCUGGGCCGCAUAAUAAUGGGUGUUGAUGCAGGCAUCUCUCUGAGUGCCCUUCCCAUGUAUCUGAGUGAAAUAUCUCCCAAGGAAAUCCGUGGUUCAUUGGGUCAGGUCACGGCAAUUUUCAUCUGUAUUGGUGUUUUCACUGGGCAAGUGUUGGGACUGCCGGAAAUAUUUGGAACAGAAUCUCGAUGGCCUUACUUAUUUGGAAUGAUUAUUGUUCCAUCACUGAUUCAGGCUGUGAUUUUACCUUUCCUCCCUGAAAGCCCCCGUUACCUCCUACUUGAAAAGCACGACACACGAAGGGCAGAGAAAGCAUUUCAGACCUUUCUUGGGAAAGAGGACGUAUCUCAUGAAGUAGAAGAAGUUUUGUCAGAGAGUCGAGUCCAAAGAAACACCAAGUUGGUGUCGGUGCUUCAGCUCCUGAGAACCCAGGCCGUGCGCUGGCAGGUCGUUACUGUGGUCGUCACCAUGGGCUGCUACCAGCUCUGUGGGCUAAAUGCUAUCUGGUACUACACAAACAGCAUCUUCAGUGAAUCAGGGAUUAACCAUGAAACAAUCCCGUAUGUUACUCUAAGCACUGGUGCUGUUGAGACCGUGGCUGCUGUUUUUUCAGGCUUAGUUAUUGAACGUCUUGGACGUAGACCUCUCCUCAUUGGAGGCUUUGGGUUGAUGGUUGUCUUCUUUGCAGUACUGACAACAUCUCUGACUUUGCAGGAUAAAGUGCACUGGCUUCCUUACCUCAGCAUAGCUUGCAUUCUUGCAAUUAUUGCAUCAUUCUGCAUUGGACCAGGUGGAAUUCCUUUUGUCCUGACUGGAGAGUUUUUUCAGCAAUCUCAAAGGCCGGCCGCGUUCAUGAUAGCUGGGACAGUCAACUGGCUCUCCAACUUUGCAGUCGGACUUCUUUUCCCUUUCAUUCAGAGUGGUUUACAGACCUACUGCUUCCUGGUGUUCGCUGCCAUCUGCUCGGCAGGAGCCACCUACCUGUUCUUUGUCCUGCCUGAAACCAAAAACAAGACACUUAAUGAGAUCAGCCAGGCAUUUGCCAAAAAGAAUAAAGUAUCUUUAGAAAUGCAAGAAAUGAACCACUAUCCAGCAGAAAGGAAAUCAAGCGCAGAACAAGAAUCAAACUUCACUUCUCCUAUGGACAAGGUGGAAGCCAAGACUGGAAUUGUGUAAAACGUGAAUGUGUUUUGAGGAGGGGGAGAGAAGCAUACUCCUCUAACCCAAUAUGUUUAUGGCAGUGCACACCUUAUAUUUUAACAUUACAGCAUGAACUGCUUCCUCCUUGAGUAUGUUGUGUGUUUAAAGUGAGUGUGAGUGAAUUUGCUAGCAGCGAGGGUGAUUCCAGAGGAAACACGAGGCUGGCAUAGCAGCAGCCAGUUAAUUAAAUUGGAGCCAGCAUUUUUCGGGAUACCUGCAAGGUGGGUGCAGCAGUAAGUGACCUGGGAAUCUGGACUCGGGGAAGGGAAUGGGAGGUGAACUGCAAGCACACGUUGGCCGAGCACCUCAGUGCAGCAAUGGUUGGGGGUGUGUGGUUGUCAAGGAGGAGGCAGCAGGAACCAGGGCUGCUAAAAAUCAAUCCAGACAAACCUGAAAUAGUAUCAGUUUGCCUUUUUCCAUGUUUCCCAAUAGCAAUAUGACUUGCACAUUAGAUUAGAGAGACUAGAGGACUUGAAAGACCACUGGUGACACUCCCAUGCGUCCCAUUCCUUUUCCAACUCUUCUGACUUUUUUUGUUGCUUUUCAGUUGCUUCAGCUGAACACCGCCCAGCUUCUUAUAAAUGGAAAAUUCUCAAAGGUUUUCCUCAUCUAGGUGUUAAGUAGGGUUGCCUGGAUUGAUGAGACUGCAUUUCUGGUUUAUUUUUGUAAGGCUAGUUACGGAAGCCUUGAUGUGAAAAGAAAAACUAAACUUCAUGGCGAAGAGCAAGAACUGUAGUAGUAGGUAACAGAGUGCAUCAUUCAAAAACAAAAAAACCCACCAAGUUUCCCAGCCUGUUGCAGCUGCUAAAACAUUUCUGGGGCAGAGGGAAGGGAGAAAGGGUUUUUUUACCUUUUCUUCAAGCUCUUCUUGAAACACAAGAUUUAUGAGCCAAAAUUUCCCUGUAACCCAAUGAAAUACCAUUUUUAACACAAAGACCUUCAAAUUAAUUUGAAGAUCUAAUCUUCAAUUAAGAUUCCAAUAUUUGUUUAAGCACUUAUUUUCCUGCGGGCAUUAGAUUGUGAAGCACUGUGUCUAAUUUAUUUUUCUUAGUUUCUAAGCUACUUAAUGCAUUGGAAAACUUUUUCAGUCUGCUUCAUUUCAUGGUAGAAAGAUUUAGCAGACUGUCUGGGGUUAUGUGGGCUGUCUGGGGUUACAUGAUCCAUUUUCUUCCACUUGGGAUUUCUUUAGGCAGAUCAUCCUUCUGGUUCAUAACUGCAAUAGUUUUUUCUUGACUCUUUUAAGUACCUGGAUGCUGAGAACUCCAAUAGGUACUUUUAAAUCAAAAAAGCUAUUACUUUAAGUGAAAAGUCAGUAAGUCUUGGAGUUGGUCUCUGUUAGAAGUGAGGUCUAAUCAGCAAGUGCAGCCUUUAUGGAGAGCCAACCGCUUCCAUAAGGCAUAUGCAGAAAUGCAGAAACCCAUAAAUUU